GCUUGUACCGCUGGCCAAAGAGAGAAUGACGGAUCCUGUUAUUACUUCUCGCAAAGCAGGUCAAACUUCGACACGUCAAAAUCAUCCUGUGACGACCUUGGAAUGCAUCUUGUCUACAUCGGAUCAAAGGACGAACAAGAAUUUCUUGCGAAUAACCUCCCCGCUCCAAAUUUCGAUUACUGGAUAGGAUUAUCCAGUGUGACUUGGCUGGACGGUUCGAGUCUGACCUACUCCAACUUCGCAGCUGAUUCACAUAUCAUCAGUAACAACGGGAUGUGUUUCGUUAUAAACCGAGAUAAGUCAUACCAAUGGUUGGAUGAUGAUUGUAAUAUCGAGCACCAUUACAUCUGCGAGAGAGAAGAAGGUCACACGAGCUUCAAAAACUUCCGACUCCUGGCCAGCAAUGUCGCCCACAUCGAUGCCUAUGUUCUGUCAUCAUUCACGGUUUCGUCCAUGAUCGAAUGCAGUCAGUUGUGUCUUACCGAUGUCCGUUGCUCGUGUUAUACUUUCAUCGCCUGCAAGGGUUUGUGCUUACUCGGCGAAGAAUGUCUUGCGACGUCUACAUUCGCUUUUGAAAGGCGAAUCGGAGCUACAUUCUAUUCGGCACUUCUUGAAGAUUAGGAUUGUUUCUAGAAAGCAUGUAGCUGUGAAUACGCGCGCUGCUAGACCACUUGGAAACUGAGGGUGGAGGAUGGCAAAAUAGUAAUUUAAAAUCGUCCCGGAACACAACAAUUAGGAAACAAAUAUUUUGAAAGGUGCCAAUUACAGAGAUUUUGUUAACAAAACUAGAAGAAAUACAUUCGUCAGAUAAACGAAUUGGCCGACAACGGAUACAAAAAAAAAAAAGAUUUCAGAAAAGUUGGGAUGAACAAAAAGUAGUUGUGUUGUCGUUGUCGUUGCGAUUUGCAGACACUGCUAGAAAGGGGAGGGAUGUUACCCCCUUUACUAACGGCCCUGCUUAUGUAGCUAUUUAGAGGCCAUGUGCAGUGAUUAAUGAUAGUGUGAAUAUAUAGUGUGUACAUAUUUCACUCCUGGAUAUUCUGCAGAGACGUUAAUUUAUAAUCCACUAUGUAAAUAUUCGGUAAGUAUUAAAUUAACACAGAUUUGCAAAAAUGAUUCAAAUAUCGACUUAAGACUAAAAGAUAAUUCACUUCUAAUUUUUUACACCGGCGCAAGUGAUUUUGUUCAUCACAACAUCAGGUCACUGUUAGUACCUUGCUUUUCAAAAGUGGAUUAAAAAAUUGUGUGAGUGUGUGGGUGUGUGUGGGGGUAAAGGGCUCAUCAAAAAGCUAUAUGGCUUUAAAUGAAUUGGAUGAAAAAAAAGAACAUUCCACAGAUGGUCGGUCUUAUGAACUAAUCACCUAACCGCAACAUGCUUAACAGAAAUUUGCGACUUUUUAUAUAAGAAUUGGAACUUUGAUGACGAUAAAUUUGUUGGCGCUGCAUUCCUUGACCUUAGACUAAGCUUUUGACGCUUUACCCCAUGACUUGCUUUUGUGUUAAAAAGCGUACCUUAGAGUUGAGUUGAAAUGUUUUGAAUCUUUCGUAACAGGCAGCAAGCUAUAUGUAUUUUUUAAAGGAAAAAAUAAAUGACUUUCUCCCCGUCCGAAUAGGGGUCCCACAAGGGUUCAUACUAGGAUCACUUCGUUAUAUGUUCAUGAAUGGUAUCUCGAAUCUAAAUUUUAAUCCACAUACUCACAUUCUCACUUUAUGCGGACGAUAAAGCUGUAUGUAAUUCAGGUUUACAAUCAAAAUAAUAAGCUCAAUGAAUGUUUUUAAAAUAAUGGAAUGAUUAUUAACUCAGACCAAAAAAAUCCCCCAAAAAUCAUCCCGUCGGCAAAGAAACACUUUUGAUUUUCUGAUAUUUAUAAAUGGUUCAUUACUAGAAACUUAAAAACAUUGGUGUUAUUCUCGAAUACAAUCUUAAUUGGGCAGUACAUGUUGAUGAAGUAGUUAUGAAAAUGGUUCGAUCAGUUGCAUGUAUACGCAGGAG